AUGUCAGGAACAGGCCUAGGACUUAACAUUUUCCCACUUGAAUAUAUUCUACCUUUCUAUUCCGCUAUUUUUUGGGGGGCUUUAACAACAAUGAAUAUAAAAUUGAAAGGCGCCCAAACUGGUCAUAGUUUGUUAAAGCGUAAAAAUGGGAAAACAGCUUCAUUUUCAUUAGCAGAAGUGACUUAUAUUGCUGGCGACAUUAGUUAUCAGGUUCAAGAGAGUGCUAAGAAUGCUCAAUUACGUAUUCGUAUCAAACAAGAAAUGUUUUUGUUACCCAUUUUUGAAAAUUAUAUGGAAGGAGGAAAUGCAACCGAUGUGAAAAGAUUAUAUGUGUAUUGUUUUGAAUGUAAUAAUUAUAUUUAUGACUUUGAAUUUGAAGAGAUAAAAAAGCUUGCUGAUAUUAGAGCAGCAGAAGAUGAAUCGAUUGAAAAAGAACCAAAUUCAAAACGAGCAAGAUUUGAAGUAUACAAGCCCACACCUGAAGAAAGUAUUCUUAUUAAUGAAGGUUCAACUUCAUUUACAUGUGCGGGUAGAAAGAAGAGAAAAGAAUGA